UCCGAGUCAGCUGGUCCGGCUAACCGCUGCUAGCAACGCGCUAUUCUACGCCGGCAGGUAAUUAGCGUGGGCAAAACAAGCUCGAGUUUGAACUUGAGGGCGGUGCGACCGAACAGCUCCUAAGUAAUAGAACCUAUCACGACAUGAAGGAAAGCAAAAGGGGCCGUCUUCAAAGUAGGGCAAGUCUGAUUGCGAAUUUGAAAUACGUUACAAAUACUAGAGUGCACUUCAUGCCCGCCAUGCUCGAUUAUCACUGGCAUUCAAGACCUUUGAAAGAAAGAGUGUCUAAUACAUUUAAUUUUGCAAACCCUCCAUUCUUCCUACCAAAGAGCACACGAAUCUCUCAACGAGAUUGCAGGACCCGUGGCGCAAUGGUAGCGCGUCUGAUUCCAGUUCACUCUUGGAGCAUCCAGAAGGUUAGGCGUUCAAAUCGCCUCGGGUUCAAGUCCCGCCCAAUGGUAUUGAAUUUUUUUUUUUCGCUCUUUUUUUUCUUCUUUUGGCGGCCCUUUUCUUUGUGGGAGAUUGAGAGUGGGGAUGAACGGCGAAAGGGUAAUCUAUUAGCCGAGUGAUAGCGGGGUCAAUGCUACGUACCUUUAUAUAUGGCUGUGGCUUCAAGCGCUUCUUCUAUUUUUGUCAAGGUUGGAACGUGAUAACAGAAGGGCCAUAACUUUGA